AUGGGGCCGGCGACCGGGAACUUCGUCCACACUCUCCUGGUGCUGUGCUGGCUGACCUGCUUCUGUACCGGGAUCAGCUCCAUAGACAUUGACCGCCCCGGUGACGGGAGGUGCCAGCCCAUAGAAAUCCCCAUGUGCAAGGAUAUAGGGUACAACAUGACGAGGAUGCCGAACCUGAUGGGACACGAAAACCAACGGGAAGCUGCCAUUCAGCUGCACGAGUUUGCCCCCUUGGUGGAGUAUGGUUGCCACGGCCAUCUGAAAUUCUUCCUUUGCUCCCUCUAUGCCCCUAUGUGCACUGAGCAGGUUUCUACACCGAUCCCUGCCUGCAGGGUUAUGUGCGAGCAGGCGAGGCUGAAAUGCUCUCCUAUCAUGGAGCAGUUCAAUUUUAAAUGGCCAGACUCCUUAGACUGCAGCAAACUGCCCAACAAGAAUGACCCCAAUUACCUGUGCAUGGAAGCCCCCAACAACGGAUCGGAUGAGCCACCCAGAGGAUCCAGCAUGCUGCCACCCAUGUUUCGUCCCCAGCGGCCCAGCAGUGGCCAUGAGCUGCAGCAGCACAAGGACAGCCUCAGCAGAACCUCCUGUGAAAAUCCUGGCAAGUUCCACCAUGUGGAAAAGAGCGCUUCCUGCGCGCCGCUCUGCACUCCAGGGGUUGAUGUUUACUGGAGCAAGGAUGACAAACAAUUUGCUGUCAUUUGGAUUGCCAUCUGGUCCAUUCUGUGCUUCUUCUCCAGUGCUUUUACUGUACUUACUUUUCUGAUAGAUCCUCAGCGUUUCAAGUACCCCGAGAGGCCCAUUAUCUUCCUCUCAAUGUGCUACUGUGUCUACUCAGUGGGGUACAUUAUUCGCCUCUUUUCAGGUGCUGAAAGUAUUGCCUGUGACAGGGACAACGGCCAACUCUACGUCAUCCAGGAGGGACUGGAGAGCACUGGCUGCACCAUUGUGUUCCUGGUUCUGUAUUACUUUGGUAUGGCAAGUUCCUUGUGGUGGGUAAUCUUGACUUUAACUUGGUUUCUGGCAGCUGGGAAAAAAUGGGGGCACGAAGCAAUUGAAGCAAACAGUAGCUACUUUCAUUUGGCAGCAUGGGCCAUUCCGGCUGUGAAGACCAUAAUGAUCCUAGUCAUGAGAAGGGUGGCUGGAGAUGAGCUGACAGGGUUGUGCUAUGUUGGAAGCAUGGAUGUGAAUGCCUUGACAGGGUUCGUACUCAUUCCUUUGGCUUGUUAUCUAAUCAUUGGCACUUCUUUUAUUCUUUCUGGUUUUGUGGCCCUUUUUCAUAUCAGGAGGGUGAUGAAAACAGGUGGAGAAAAUACUGACAAGUUGGAGAAACUUAUGGUCAGGAUUGGUGUCUUCUCAGUCUUGUAUACAGUGCCUGCAACUUGUGUGAUAGCUUGCUAUUUUUAUGAAAGACUUAACAUGGAUUAUUGGAAAAUUGUGGCAACUCAACAGAAAUGCAAGAUGAACAAUCAGACUAAAAACUUAGACUGCACGAUGAACAACUCCAUUCCAGCAGUAGAAAUUUUUAUGGUCAAAAUCUUCAUGUUAUUAGUUGUGGGCAUUACUAGUGGUAUGUGGAUCUGGACUUCCAAGACUCUUCAGUCCUGGCAAAAUGUUUGUAGUCGAAGAUUAAAGAAGAGAAGUAGGAGAAAACCUGCAAGUGUUAUUACAAGUAGUGGAAUCUACAAAAAACCUCAGCAUCCACAGAAAACUCAUCUUGCAAAAUAUGAAUCGACAUUACAGCCACCCACUUGUGUGUGACCACGUUUUAGAAGAGACUGUUUCACCUUACAGACUUACAGAUGUCUACAGUAGCAGUCAGAAGUUAAAAAAUAAAUGGUGCU